GCUCUACGAUCGAAACCCGCCCACAGGCACUCGAACCGCAUCGACAUGAGCGCAGCGGCACCGUACAUCUGCUUUCGCUGCAUGCGAGCCAGCGCGCAGCUGGCCAGAUCGAACACGCUACAUCGCGCGAUCAGACCGUACCACGGCCGGGCUCCCGUCCAGGUUGUGGGAGCUCGCCCCAGAGCCGGCGUCGACGGCGCGGCGUCCAAGGCCGCGCGCGCAGCGAACAGGUCGAUGACAUCUUCGCGCCCUCUGCGCAAACCCACCGUCGAGCCGCAUGGACCGUCCAAUGCGGAGUCACCGUCGCCGCCGCCACCGCCGCCAGCGUCCUCCGCCGGUUCGGCGACCUCGUCCGCAUCCUCGCAGUACGCGACACGAACGCUGCUCAACCCACGCACGGACGAGGAGACGGGCGAGCCGAUGAGCGUGUCCAUGACGCCGCGCGCCAUCCGGCGUCUUUCUCAGAUCAUGGCCAAGGAUUCGAAUCCGAACCUCGCCUUGAGAGUCACGGUCGAGAGUGGUGGAUGCCACGGCUUUCAGUACCUCAUGUCCUUGGUCGACACAUCCAAGAUUGACGAAAGCGAAGACGUGCUGUUCGUAGCAUCGACGCCGGAGGCGCCUUUGCCAGAGGCGGGAGACGCAGAUUGGAGGACUGUGGCGGAGGGAAGGCCGAAGGUGGUAAUAGAUGAAUCAUCACUAGAGCUUUUGAAGGGCAGCAAGGUGGAUUACACGAUGGAGCUGAUUGGGUCCCAGUUCAAGAUUGAUAAUCCAAGGGCGAGCAGCAGCUGCGGAUGCGGAACAAGCUUCGAUGUCAAAGUAUGAGCGCCAAUUUCUCCCUUUCCUAGAAUUGGAAUAAAAAAAAACAUUACCUCUCUACUGUGCUUCACGUCUUCAAAAGGGCUCGUUGUCCCCUCGAUUCUCUCAAUUCUCGCGGAGAGGCUGCAAUGGGACGUAAGAGACACGAGGACGAGGAGUCAUGAACGUCAAAAAGAACAAAGUCUGCAAGACUGCUCACUGUAUGUUUCUCGAUACGACUACCUGCUACUCAAAGCGUCCUACCAAGAAACGGUGCGUC